AAAAAUAAUAAUAUAUACACCACGAAAUCAAAAAGGGCGCAUCUUUCGGAUAAAAAGGCCCUUUUUCAGGUAAAAUCAAAAGGGCUUAAUAUGAACCACAACGUUGGGAAACACUAAUACUAGCACGGCAAAAAAGUGAAAAUAAGAAAGCGCGCACUCAUCAAUAGCGACCGUAGCGAGCGAGCGAGCGAGCAGCGCGGAGGCCACGCUACAGCGCCAAAUUCCACACCAAACAAAGGCGCGGCGACGAAGGAAGGAAGGAGCGAGCAGGCAACACCCGCACUAGGACUACUCCAAUGUCUAAUCCAGUCGCUAAUCACCACCACCACCACCACCGCACCAGCAAAUAAGUACGCCCACCCCCGCGACGGAAAGCUAAUCUCUCCUCUCCUCUCCUCUCCUCCACCUUCUCUUUCUUCUUCAUACUCCCACCAUCUCCACCACCACCACCACCACCAUCUUCUCCUUUCUCCCACCCACCUCUCUCCGCUGAGUCACCUCCGCACGCCACCCGCCGAUUGAUUUCUCCAUCCAGGUGCGCGGCCAUGAUCUCUAUAGGCGGGUCGUCGUCUUCCUCGUCGUCGUCGGCCGCGGCGGGUGUCCGGAUGGGCGGGGCCAAGCGGCGGGGGAAACCGGGCGGGGCCGCGCCGGGGGCCGCCGGACCGCCGCAGACCAAGUGGCGCAGCGGCACGCAGGAGAGGAUCUACGGCCGGCGCCUGCUGGACGCGCUGCGGGCCACGCGGUCCGGCGCCGCGUCCUCCGCGCACCACACGCAGCCGCGCGCCGUCAAGGCGGCCGCCGAUUCCGCGCUGGCGCUCACGGCGCGCGGACAGUCGCGCUGGAGCCGCGCCAUCCUGCUGGCCGGCGCCGCGUCCUGCCGCCGCCGCGUGCUCGUCAAGGCCGGCGGGAAGAUCCGACGCCACCGCCGCCCGCAGGCGCGCGCCGCGGCCGCUGCGUCCAAGGCCGCGGCCGCCGGCGAGCCACCGGUGCUCAAGGAGAAGAAGGUGAAGGACCGGCUCCGCGUGCUGGGCCGGCUCGUCCCGGGCUGCCGGAAGCUGCAGGCCCCCGACCUGCUCGAGGAGACGGCCGACUACGUGGCCGCGCUGGAGAUGCAGGUCAAGGCCAUGCGCGCGCUCGCCGACGCGCUCGCUGCGGCGCAGCUAUCCUCGCCUCCCCCGCCGUCCGCCACCGGCGAGGACGAGGCCGAGAUGGAGAGGUGAGGGUCUGACUCAUCGCCUCGCCUCGCCUCCGAGGGGGAGGAGAUUGAUGAUGACAUGAUGGCGUUGGGCUCGGGAAAAUAAGGGCGAUUAAUUGCUGGAUGGACGGAUGGAUUGUUACCGCGAGAGGGGGUUCUGCGAUUCCAGGAGGAUAUUGUGAUUCCGAUGAUGAUGAUUGCUGCUGCUGCUGAUUUGUAAAUUCUUGAUGCUACGACUUGUAUAAGUAAUGCUGCUCUCUUCUUGUCUUGUGUUCUUGAAAUGUUCUUCCUCCUUGUGAAACAAGACGGGGGAUUCCUGUGCCUGUCUCCUGCGGAUUGGAUUGGAUUGGAUUGGAUUAUGAUUU